AUGGGCUGCCGUGCAAUCAGGCGCGUUCUGAUGGCUGCCGCCGCCAGGCAGCCAUGGCUGCCUAGUGCGUGGGCUCCUAUAGGCCGUCAUAUGUUCGACUGGCUGCCGCAGCCAAGCUACCAAGUGCGCGGGGGCUCUUAUAUGUGGUGGUACCGUAUGAUACAAAGUAAAAAAAAAUGUAAGCUAGAAAUAUUGCGUACA